GCCGACACACACAUACACUCACAAGCAGCCGUAGGAGGAAUCUUUGCUUCGCCCGUUUCCUGAUUUUGAAAUUGUUACAUCAUGGGGAAAACCAGGAAGAAAUCAAACUUGUCCCAUGCUGAGAUGAUGAUGAUGACUGUAUCAGAUAUAGUCAGUCAGCUUGUCACUGCGCAUGAUCAAAACAAAGAUGUCAAUCUCAACAGAAUCAAGAGUUUGACUGCUAAGAAGUAUGGUUUGACAAAUCAACCGAGGCUGGUUGAUAUCAUUGCAGCUGUACCCCAUGCUCACAAGAAGGCUCUUAUACCCAAAUUGAAAGCCAAACCGAUCAGGACAGCCAGCGGGAUAGCUGUUGUAGCAGUGAUGUGUAAGCCCCAUAGAUGUCCUCAUAUUAGUAUGACUGGUAACAUCUGUGUGUACUGUCCUGGAGGGCCCGAUUCUGAUUUUGAAUAUUCAACUCAGUCAUACACAGGAUAUGAGCCAACAUCGAUGCGUGCUAUACGUGCCCGAUACAACCCCUACCUGCAAACCAGACAUAGAGUAGACCAGUUAAAGCAGAUUGGACACAGUGUUGAUAAGGUGGAAUUCAUUGUCAUGGGCGGGACCUUCAUGGCACUGUCCGAGGAGUACCGGGACUAUUUUAUCCGCAAUCUGCACGACGCCCUCUCUGGCCAUACAAGCAACAGUGUGGAAGAGGCAGUCAAGUUUUCUGAGAGGAGUAGGACCAAGUGUAUUGGUAUCACCAUAGAGACCAGACCAGACUAUUGCCUUAAGAGACAUCUGAGUGACAUGUUGAAGUAUGGUUGUACCAGGCUUGAGAUCGGUGUGCAGAGUGUGUAUGAAGACGUAGCUAGAGACACAAACAGGGGUCACACUGUAAGGGCUGUCUGUGAGUCCUUUCAGAUGUCCAAGGACGCUGGUUUCAAGGUCGUUUCUCAUAUGAUGCCUGACCUUCCUAACGUUGACCUUGAGAGAGACGUUGAGCAGUUUAUCGAAUUUUUUGAGAACCCAGCCUUCCGACCGGAUGGUCUGAAGCUCUACCCGACCCUAGUCAUCAGAGGAACAGGUCUUUAUGAACUCUGGAAGACUGGCCGCUACAAGAGCUAUCCUCCAAGCACCCUGGUGGAUCUGGUUGCUAAGAUACUGGCCUUGGUGCCACCUUGGACCAGGGUCUACAGGGUUCAAAGGGAUAUCCCGAUGCCUUUGGUCAGUUCUGGAGUGGAGCAUGGUAACCUGAGAGAGUUAGCCCUAGCUAGGAUGAGAGACCUAGGUACACAGUGUAGAGACGUGAGAACCAGGGAGGUUGGCAUUCAAGAAAUACAUCACAAGGUCAAGCCAUAUGAGGUUGAGUUGAUCCGGCGUGAUUAUUACUCCAGCAGUGGCUGGGAGACGUUCCUAUCAUACGAGGAUCCAGAACAAGAUAUACUGAUUGGCUUGCUCAGACUGAGAAAGUGCUCUGAACUCACGUUCAGGUCCGAGCUAAAAGGAGGCGUGUCAAUCGUCAGAGAACUUCACGUAUAUGGGAGUGUUGUUCCUGUCAGCUCCAGAGAUCCAAGAAAGUUUCAGCACCAGGGCUUUGGAAUGUUACUAAUGGAGGAGGCUGAGAGGAUAGCACGGGAGGAGCACGGAUCAGGAAAGAUCUCCGUCAUAUCAGGAGUCGGGACUAGGAACUACUAUCGCAAGCUGGGCUAUGAGCUAGAUGGCCCCUAUAUGUCAAAGUCUCUGGAAUGAUCAGGAGUAGGGACUAGGAACUACUAUCGCAAGCUGGGUUAUGAGCUAGAUGGCCCCUAUAUGUCAAAGUCUCUGGAAUGAUCAGGAGUAGGGACUAGGAACUAAUAUCGCAAGCUGGGCUAUGAGCUAGAUGGCCCCUAUAUGUCAAAGUCUCUGGAAUGAUCCUUCAUACCAUAGGUCGUACUGUCGUGAUUUUAUGAUUUCACAGGAUUUCAUAUAAUAAUAAUGAUAGUGGGUUCUUGUAUAGCGCUCAUUUCUGUCGUAUGUGACACUCCUGGCGCUCCCAAUUAUUACCCUGGCUUAAAAAGGCUGCCAUACGGCGCUCUAGCAUUUCAAGGAAUUAAUUCCUGCCAGGUACCCAUUUACUUCACCUGGGUAGAGUGUGGCAAAUGUAGAUCAAUGUCUUGCCAAAGGAGAUGGCAAGAUGUUUUACUGCAAGCUAUGGCAUGCUCAUUGUCUAUCUUCUAUACGGAAACAAAUUCCAGAUCAAAAUGGCUACCGCAAAUUUGAAUAUGAGCAGAAAGGAUCCCUGUGCAAGUCCCAGUCCUGUUCCAUAUCACAUACCUGUCACAGGCCAUACCUUGAAAAUCUUUUGAUAUGAACAUGUAUUGUUGAACAUGACACAUGUCAGACGGAGGCACUCUUGAAACCCAAUCGCUGCACAAAGGCAAAGCAGAGACUGCCCUAGUGACAAGCUAGACAUUGACAAUUUGUGCUACGUAAAAUUGCUUGAUUUCAUAACGUGCAGAUAUAUGUUUGAGUGAUGUCAUCGGCGUCACAUAGAACUGUAUUACAAUUUCCUAAUGGGAAUACAGAAGUGUGCAUUUUAGCUUUGGAAAUGUUGGCUCAAGAUCUUGAACAUAGAGAAUAUUCAUUAUUGAUUUCACUUUCCUUUAAUAAUAAUAAUAAUAAUAUUGGAUAUUUAUAUAGUUCACAUAUCCACCCUGCAAGGUGCUCAAAGCGCUCCAAUGUUACCCU